AUGGGGUUAGUUUCAAGAAUCCCAGAAGACCCGGGGCUAUCUCCCCUUAAACCAUCUCCGGUUCGCAUAUUGAUUCAAACCCUGACGCACCUGGCUCCGUCAGAUGGCGUGGCUGGCGAUGAAGAUCCAUACGGCGAUAGGCUUAUAUCAAUGCUCGAUCGUAUCUGCAAACACACUUGGGAUGUUGAAUUUGAGCCUGGUGUACACCGCUGGUAUACAUCUGGUGACGAGUUCGGCUAUAACAAUCGGCCUUGUUUCUUUCUUGUCGAUUAUGGCAAUGCUUCUACUGACGAUGACGUCCCGAUUAAAAGUUACGAGUGGAUAGGAGAGGAAUUGUAUGAAGGGGUCGGCGUGUGGCUUAAAACGCUACCAAUGGGUCAGUGGGGGUUCGCAGACCAGCAGAGUGUUGACCCAUUCAAUUUCAUUCUGUACAAACACACGCACAUGCCGUACGCAGGCAAGUCCUGCAACGACAAGACAGGGAGGAAGAGGGAAAAGCAAUAUUAA